AUGUGGUUGCCAUUUGCUUUGUUGUUUUUGUGUAUGCUGCAGUUGGCUGUUUGUGCUGAGGACUUUUACCAACUUCUUGGUAUAGACAAACAAGCUUCAGAAAGAGAAAUCAAGCGCGCAUAUAGGCUUUUGAGCAAGAAAUACCACCCCGAUAAGAAUCCAGGUGAUGAAACAGCCAAGCAAAAGUUUGUGGAAGUCGCCGAAGCCUACGAAGCUCUGUCAGUUCCAGAAACUCGCAAAAUAUACGAUCAAUAUGGUCACGAAGGAUUGAAACAGAGACAACAAGGAGGCGGCGGAGGACAUCAUGACCCAUUCGAUCUCUUCUCACGAUUCUUUGGCGGGGGAGGACAUUUCGGACAACAUGGACAACGAAAAGGACCAGAUAUGGAAGUACGAGUAGGAAUACCCCUCCGCGAUUUCUAUAAUGGACACACCACCGAAUUUCAACUCGAGAAACAAAUGAUCUGUGAGGAAUGUGAAGGUUCAGGAUCUGCGGAUGGUCAAGUCGAUACUUGUACUGCAUGCAAUGGUCACGGAGUCCAAGUAAAGAAACAUCAACUCGCGCCAGGAAUCUUCCAACAAGUCCAAGUAAAAUGCGAUCAUUGCGAUGGAAAAGGAAAAACCAUUAAACACAAAUGUCCAGUUUGUUCAGGGUCCCGUGUCAUCCGCAAAGUACAAACCCAUCAACUAGUAAUCGAGCGCGGAGCCCCCAAGGGUCAAACGAUAAACUACGAAAACGAAGCCGAUGAAUCUCCCGACUGGGUCGCUGGAGACCUUCACGUCACAUUGGUAGAGAAAGAAGCGAAUCUCGAAGAGGACAAUGAGUUGAAAGUCGAUGGAACAUUUUUCCGUCGCAAAGGCGAUAAUUUGCAUUGGCGAGAAAUCCUCUCAUUAAGAGAAGCAUGGAUGGGAUCCUGGACUCGCAAUCUCACACAUCUGGAUGGUCAUAUCGUACAAUUGUCCCGCGAACGUGGUCAAGCAGUUCAACCGGGACAUGUUGAACAUGUCAAAGGAGAAGGAAUGCCAAAAUGGCACGAAGAUGGCGAUAGCGUUUAUCACAAAACGGAAUUUGGUGAUUUGGUUGUCGAGUACACGGUUGUAUUACCGGAUCAGAUGGAGAAGGGAAUGGAGAAGGAUUUUUGGGCGUUGUGGGAGAAAUGGAGGAAGAAGAAUGGAGUAGAUUUACAGAAGGAUAGUGGAAGGCCUGAGACGCCUGGUGCGGCGACGGGGAAGGAUGAAUUGUGA